AUGGCAACCCAACAGAUCCAAUUCUACCAGUACCGGCCCGACUCGGACGCACGGCAUAAUGCUGUGUUCACACCCAUGCCAACAGAGCAGCCUGCGUAUAGCCCCAUGGCUGGGUAUCCUCACCAUCAACAACAGCCACAGCCACACCCGCCGCCGCCGCCGCAGCAGUAUAUGGUUCACCAAUACUGGCAAGCGCCUGCUCACUAUGCCCGAGGACACCCUCACGCCCACUACGUUCCUCAGCAGGUAUUGACUCCUCGGGCCUCUCCACCAUUGACGCUGGCCAUGCCUAUGCCCAAGAUCUUGCUGGAUAGCAACGGCCAUAUGGAGCAUGGACACUACCUUGAGAGCCGGCACUCUUCACCACCGACUCCAUGUCUCUCGGCCUGCCCCAGCACAGCCAGCAGUCCUCCAGCGAGCAGUGUGAACCAGACGCCCGUGCACGGCGCCGGGUACUUUAACCUGCCAAUUGAAGCAAGCAAGGAGGAAAUGCAGCCUCUGACUUUUCUAGAUGACUGGGCGGAGAACGGACAGGUGCACAUUUUCCCGCAUCCCGGCGAUGCCAAGGCGGCGCUUUUGCCCAGUAACUGCACCGACUCCUUUCACUCCGCUUCUACCACUUCCACAUCUACUACCGCCAACUUGAGCAGCUGCCCUUCACCUUCUUUAGCCCCCGCGUCUCCUCAAUCUCAAGUCUCACCCGCGGCCUAUCCUGUAGCGGAAUUUGUCAACCUCCGAGAUUUGACAUCGAUUUCGCUUGAACCCGUCAUUUCUGCGCCUGUUCAGAGUUUCCCUCCUUUGCCUACUUUGUCUGCCGAAGACGACGAGCACAAGUUUGCCCUCGGAAACCCGACCUUCCCCGUCACUCCCGAGCAUGAAACUGCCGAUCCAUUCACUCUCGUCGAGAAUCCUUCAUUUGAAACCUCUUUCUGCACCGAGUUGGACUCGGAAGACGAAUUCAGCUUCGUCAACUUUACCGACCCGGAGAUUGCCUACAACGGCGACAAGAGGCUGAAAUUGUCGAUUGGUGAAGAGGAGGACUUCCUCAGCGUACACAGUUUUGGCAGCUUUGAUGAGGACGACCACGCUGCCCACGCCGGCCUGCUCUCUCCUGCCUCGUCCUCCGAUUCAGGCUCGUGCUGCGCACCCAAGAAGAAGGCUCAGCGCAAGAUGAAGCGCAACGGCUCGACCGACAGUGAUUUGGAAUUCCAAACCUUCACUCAGUCGGAUGCCCACAUCAACAGCCAUGCCGACGGUCAAAGCACUUCCGAGGCCACCCCUCAGGAACAGCAAAGCACCAACGAGGACAACAGUGGUUCUGCCAACGCCGAUGGCUCUACCCCAUCGCAAGCUCCUGCCAACCGCCGUGGACGAAAGCAAUCCUUGACCGAGGAUCCCUCCAAAACAUUCGUGUGCACCCUCUGCUCUCGUCGCUUCCGUCGACAGGAGCACCUGAAGCGUCACUACCGCUCUCUGCAUACACAGGACAAGCCAUUUGAGUGCAAUGAGUGUGGCAAGAAGUUUUCCCGCUCCGAUAAUCUUGCCCAACAUGCCCGUACUCAUGGCAGCGGUGCCAUCGUCAUGGGUGUACUCGAGAACGGCGAGCUCCAACCUCAUCAGCCUUACGAUGAGGAAAUGGGCCACGCUCUCUACGAGGCGGCACAACGAGCUGCCAUGGCUUCUUCGUCCAGCAGCAGCAGUGGGUCCGAAGCGUCGUCCUCUGGAGAAAGCAAGCGUGCCCUGAAGAAGAGGAAGCGAGAUGAAUCCCUGUAA